AUGCAGCAUGCAAGACUAGAGGCCCUGGUGCUCCUGGGAGUUCUGCUCACUGGACCUCUGGAUCCAGCAAGAGGCCAGGACGCACCCCCACUGCCCUGGGAAGUGCAGCGCUACGAUGGCUGGUUCAACAAUCUGAGACACCACGAGCGUGGAGCUGCUGGCUCGCGGCUGCAGCGCCUAGUGCCAGCCAAUUACGCGGACGGCGUGUAUCAAGUCCUGGAGGAGCCGCUGAUGCCUAACCCGCGCCUGCUCAGCGACGCAGCCACGCGGGGCAAAGCCGGCCUGGCAUCGCUCCACAACCGCACCGUCCUGGGGGUCUUCUUUGGCUACCACGUGCUCUCAGACGUGGUGAGCGUGGAGACCCCUGGCUGCCCCGCCGAGUUCCUCAACAUCUACAUCCCACCCGGCGACCCCGUGUUCGACCCCGACGGGCGUGGGGAUGUGGUACUGCCCUACCAGAGGAGCCGCUGGGACCCCGAGACAGGACGGAGCCCCAGCAACCCGCGGGACCUGACCAACGGGGUGACCGGCUGGCUGGACGGCAGCGCCAUCUACGGCUCCUCGCACUCGUGGAGCGACGCGCUGCGGAGCUUCUCCGGGGGGCAGCUGGCGUCCGGGCCCGACCCCGCCUUCCCCCGGGGCGCGCAGGACCCCCUGCUCAUGUGGACGCCGCCCGACCCCGCCACCGGCCAGCGCGGGGCCCAGGGGCUGUUCGCCUUCGGGGCCGAGCGAGGGAACCAGGAGCCCUUCCUGCAGGCGCUGGGCCUGCUCUGGUUCCGCUACCACAACCUGUGGGCGCAGAGGCUGGCGCGCGAGCACCCGCGCUGGGGCGACGAGGAGCUGUUCCAGCACGCGCGCAAGAGGGUCAUCGCCACCUACCAGAACAUCGCCCUGUACGAGUGGCUGCCCAGCUUCCUGCAGCAAACGCCCCCGGAGUAUGCGGGGUACCGCCCUUUCCUGGACCCCAGCGUCUCCCCGGAGUUCGUGGUGGCCUCUCAACAGUUCUUCUCCACCAUGGUGCCCCCUGGCGUCUACAUGAGGAAUGCCAGCUGUCAUUUCCAGAAGGUCCUCAACAAGGGUUUUGGCAGCUCCCCAGCUCUGAGGGUCUGCAACAGCUACUGGACUCGGGAGAACCCCCACCUGAACAGUGCCCAGGAGGUGAAUCAGCUGCUCCUGGGGAUGGCCUCCCAGAUUUCCGAACUGGAGGACAGGAUAGUGGUGGAGGAUCUGCGGGAUUACUGGCCUGGCCCUGACAAGUUCUCCCGCUCGGACUAUGUGGCCAACAGCAUCCAGCGUGGCCGAGACAUGGGGCUGCCCAGCUAUACCCAGGCCCUGCUGGCCUUAGGGCUGGAGCCCCCGAAGAACUGGAGUGACCUCAACCCACAUGUGGACCCCCAGGUGCUGGAGGCCACAGCUGCCCUAUACCACCAGGACCUGUCCCGGCUGGAGCUGCUCCCAGGGGGGCUCCUGGAGAGCUAUGGCGACCCUGGGCCCCUGUUCAGUGCCAUUGUUCUUAGCCAGUUUGUGCGGCUGCGGGAUGGUGACCGCUACUGGUUUGAGAACACCAGGAAUGGGCUGUUCUCCAGGGAGGAGAUUGCGGAAAUCAGAAACACCAGCCUGCGGGACGUGCUGGUCGCUGUCACCAACGUGGACCCCAGUGCCCUGCAGCCCAAUGUCUUUGUCUGGCAUGAAGGUGCGCCAUGCCCGCAGCCCCGGCAACUCACAACGGCAGGCUUGCCCUCCUGCGUGCCCCUCACCGUGACUGACUACUUCGAGGGCAGUGGAGCUGGUUAUGGCCUCGUCAUCGUGGCUCUCUGCUUACUUCCAUUAGUGAGCCUGGUUAUCGCGGCGAUUGUGGCCCAUUUCCGGAACCGGGAGCGCAAGAGGCUGCAAAGGAAAGGCAAGGGGAGUACGGAGAAGGAAUCAAUCAAAGAGGGGGUGCCAGCGAUGGAGUGGCCAGGCCCCUGUGAGAGGAGCUAUCCCGUCACCAUCCAGCUACUCCCGGGCGGGCAGCUGCAGGUCCUGGACAGGCGGCUCACCCCGCUCCGCACCAUCCAGCUGCAGCCCCCACAGCAGGCCAGCCUCAUCCUGUCCAAUGACCGAGGCUGCCGCACGCUGCUGCUCAAGAUCCCCAAGGAGUACGACCUGGUGCUGCUGUUUAACUUCGAGGAGGAGCGGGGCAGCUUCGUGCAGCAGCUGCGGGACUUCUGCAAGUACUGGGGGCUGGGCCUGCACGUGGCGGAGAUGGGCGAGAAGGAGCUGUUCAGGAAGGCGGCGACCAAGCAGCAGCGGGCGCGCAUCCUCGAGAUCUUCUUCAGACACCUUUUUGCUCAGGUGCUGGACAUCAACCAGGCGGACGCGGGGACCCUGCCCCUGGACUCAUCCCAGAAGGUGCGGGAGGCCCUGACGUGCGAGCUGAGCAGGGCCGAGUUUGCCGAAUCUCUGGGCCUCAAGCCCCAGGACAUGUUUGUGGAGUCCAUGUUCUCUCUGGCCGACAAGGACGGCAAUGGCUACCUGUCCUUCCGGGAGUUCCUGGACAUCCUGGUGGUCUUCAUGAAAGGCACCCCAGAGGAUAAGUCCCGCCUCAUGUUCACCAUGUACGACCUGGAUGAGAACGGCUUCCUCUCCAAGGACGAAUUCUUCACCAUGAUUCGGUCCUUCCUCGAGAUCUCCAACAACAGCCUGUCCAAGGCGCAGCUGGCCGAGGUCGUGGAGUCCAUGUUCCGGGAGUCGGGCUUCCAGGACAAGGAGGAGCUGACGUGGGAGGACUUCCACUUCAUGCUGCGGGACCACGACAGCGAGCUCCGCUUCACGCAGCUCUGUGUCAAAGGUGGAGGUGGAGGUGUUGGAGACGACUUUAAGAAAAACGCCAACUGCCGAGUGUCGUUCAUCACUCGGGCUCCUGCGGAACGCUCCUGCCCCCUGGGAGUGGGGCUACCUGACUCAGAAGUCUCAGAACCCGGAGGUCCUGGGCUGAAAAAAAGGUUUGGCAAAAAGGCGGCGGCGCCCACUGCGCGGCCGUACACCGAGGCGCUGCAGGAGAAGAUGCAGCGAGGUUUUGUGGCGCAGAAGGUGCGGCAGUUCAAGCGCUUCGUGGAGAACUACCGGCGCCACAUCGUGUGCGCCACGCUCUUCUCGGCGCUCUGUGUGGGCCUGUUCGCAGAGCGCGCUUACUACUACGCCUUUGCCUCCCCACCCACGGACAUUGAGGAGACCACGUACGUGGGCAUCAUCCUGUCGCGGGGCACGGCGGCCAGCAUCUCCUUCAUGUUCUCCUACAUCCUGCUCACCAUGUGCCGCAACCUCAUCACCUUCCUGCGGGAGACCUUCCUCAACCGCUACGUGCCCUUCGACGCGGCCGUGGACUUCCAUCGCUGGAUCGCCAUGGGGGCUGUUGUUCUGGCCAUUUUGCACAGUGCUGGCCACGUGGUCAACUUCUACAUCUUCUCAGUCAGCCCGCUCAGCCUGCUGACCUGCGUGUUCCCCAACGUCUUUGUGAAUGAUGGGUCAAAGAUCAUCCCAAAGUUCUACUGGUGGUUCUUUGAGACGAUCCCAGGUAUGUCGGGGGUGCUGCUGCUCGUGGUCCUGGCCAUCAUGUACGUCUUCGCCUCCCACUACUUCCGCCGCCACAGCUUCCGGGGCUUCUGGCUGACCCACCACCUCUACGUGGCUCUCUACGCCCUGCUCAUCAUCCACGGCAGCUACGCUCUGAUCCAGCUGCCCUCUUUCCACAUCUACUUCCUGGUCCCGGCGAUUAUCUUUGGGGCAGACAAGCUGGUGAGCCUGAGCAGGAAGAAGGUGGAGAUCGGCGUGGUGAAGGCAGAGCUGCUGCCCUCAGGAGUGACCCACCUGCAGUUCCAGCGGCCCCAGACCUUCGAGUACAAGUCGGGGCAGUGGGUGCGGAUCGCCUGCCUGGCUCUGGGGACCAACGAGUACCACCCCUUCACACUGACCUCUGCACCCCACGAGGACACGCUCAGCCUGCACAUCCGGGCGGUGGGGCCCUGGACCACUCGCCUCAGGGAGAUCUACUCAACCCCAAAGGACAAAGACUGUUCCGGAUACCCAAAGCUCUACCUCGAUGGACCCUUUGGAGAGGGCCACCAGGAGUGGCAUCAGUUUGAGGUGUCGGUGCUGGUGGGAGGGGGCAUCGGGGUCACCCCCUUUGCCUCCAUCCUCAAAGACCUGGUCUUCAAGUCAUCCUGGGGCAGCCAAAUGCUCUGUAAAAAGAUCUACUUCAUCUGGGUGACGCGGACCCAGCGGCAGUUCGAGUGGCUGGCUGACAUCAUCCGGGAGGUGGAGGAGAACGACCCCCAGGACCUGGUGUCUGUGCACAUCUACAUCACCCAGCUGGCUGAGAAGUUCGACCUCAGGACCACCAUGCUGUACAUCUGCGAGCGGCACUUCCAGAAGGUGCUGAACCGGAGUCUGUUCACGGGCCUGCGCUCCAUCACCCACUUCGGCCGCCCCCCCUUCGAGCUCUUCUUCAACUCCCUGCAGGAGGUCCACCCCCAGGUGCGCAAGAUCGGGGUGUUCAGCUGUGGCCCCCCUGGCAUGACCAAGAAUGUGGAGAAGGCCUGCCAGCUCGUCAACAGACAAGACCGAGCCCACUUCAUGCACCACUAUGAGAACUUCUAGGCCUGCCCCCUGCCCUCCUCUCUCUGGCCCCGCCUGCACUUUCUAUCUGAAGCCACCUCAUCCCCCCCCUCCCCCCGCCUGGCCUGCU